AUGUCCAAGCUCCCGCAAGGCUACGGGCCCACGGCCAAGAACUUGGCGCUGGUGUCCGACCAGGUCCUGGCGAUCUCUCUGCCAUGGUUCAAAGCAGAAGAUUGUCUCGCCGCGGUGGCCGGCAAGAACAGGUACGCCAGACCGCGCAUUUUCCCACAUCCCACCAUCAAAAUCUUCAAGGGGCGCGACCCUAUUGUUGAAAAAAUCAUCAAUAAUACACUCGUCCCCAACAAGUGUGAAUUCACUCCUAACAGCCUCUUAAUGAUGAUCUUGACUGGACAUAAUUGGGGCGGUAAGUUGGUGACCACAAAGAUGAGUGGAUGCAUUGUGCUCCUGGCCCAAAUGGGAAGUUUUGUGCCGGCCAAACGCACAACAGUUGGGCUCUUUGACGGCUGCUACACCCGGAUGGGCAUGUCUGAGGAACUGGCCCAGGGCCAAAGCGCGUUCAUGGUCAAGAUCAUCAACGCUGCAAAGAUCCUCUGGAUGGCCAUCCCGCGCCCCUUGGUCAUCAUUGAUGAGCUCAGCUAUGGCAGCAAAAGGGUGCAAAUCUACCCCACGAAGUUCCUAGAAGACAAACUUGGUGCAAAGACAGAAGACUGA